CCGGUAAUGCUAACCAGCUGUGUAGCUAGUCUCGCCGGUUGUUGCUGACACUCAGUCACUUAGCUUGUUAUUUCGACUGCAGUUUUGUUCACCGGUCCAGAGCUGAAUGACAGCGACUGUGCUGUCUAUGUGUCACUGUUUUGUACAAAUUUCAUGCAGCUGAGACGGUAAAAAUGAGAGAAGGAGUGCGUGUCUUGUGACUCAGCUCUUGUGUAGCCAUGGAGAAGCCCUGGAGGCUGUGGGGGGCAAUGGAGCGCUGUACCCUGACUCUGGCUUCCUGGUCCUGGGGUGCCUGUCGAGUCUCUCUUUUGGCCCUCAUCCUCACCUUCCACCUGUAUGGAGGAUUUUUUCUCCUUGCUCUCAUCCUAGCAUCUGUGGCGGGCAUCCUCUACAAAUUUCAAGAUGUUCUCCUGUACUUCCCUGACCAGCCCUCCUCCUCUCGCCUUUAUGUUCCCAUGCCAACAGGAAUCCCACAUGAGAAUGUAUACAUUCGCACCAAGGAUGGUGUGAAGCUUAACCUCAUCCUUCUCCGUUACACAGGAGGUGAUGCACCUCCUGGAGUCACGUCUGGCAAUCAGAGCAGCCCCACUUCCUCUGCUCCGCCUACUAUCCUUUAUUUCCAUGGUAAUGCAGGUAAUAUUGGUCACAGGGUGCCAAACGCCCUGCUGAUGCUGGUCAAUCUCAAAGCUAACGUGGUGCUGGUGGACUAUCGUGGCUAUGGAAAAAGUGAGGGUGAGCCCAGUGAGGAUGGGCUGUACCUGGAUGCCGAGGCCACACUGGACUACGUCAUGACCCGUCCUGAUCUGGACAAGACAAAGGUGGUACUCUUUGGUCGCUCAUUAGGAGGUGCUGUGGCCGUGCGCUUGGCAUCAGUCAACCCUCACCGUGUAGCAGCCAUUAUUGUGGAAAACACCUUCCUUAGCAUCCCCCACAUGGCAGCGACGCUCUUCUCCUUCUUGCCCAUGCGCCUGCUGCCCUUAUGGUGCUAUAGGAAUCAGUUCCUGUCCUAUCGGCAGGUGGCGCUGUGCCGCAUGCCUUCGCUGUUUGUGUCUGGUCUGUCAGACCAGCUCAUCCCACCAGUUAUGAUGAAACAACUGUACGAGUUGUCUCCUGCGCGGACUAAACGCCUGGCUAUCUUUCCAGAGGGCACGCACAAUGACACGUGGCAGUGUCAGGGCUACUUUGCUGCUUUGGAGCAGUUCAUGAAAGACCUGCUGAAGAGCCAUGCCCAUGAGGAGAGUGCUCAGCCCUCAGCGAGCGUCACCAUCAUCUGAAAAAUCAGUCAGGGACUGACUGUUGAUUACAGAUUAUGGGCUGGAUGAAGUAAAUUGAUUGGAGGGACUUCAUUGAUUUUUUGGAAAGAAUGUACAUUUUUUUAUGCUUUUGUCUGGGUUUUUAUUUGAUUUCACUCUUUUUACCUUUCUGUAAAUUUAACAUGUUAAACUAUUUUCACUAUUUCAAGGGUUUGAGAGAGGCUAACGAUGUCCUCCUGGGGUUCUUUUUGUGUUUCAGCUAUGAAUGCAUGUAUUUAUGACCUUUUAUGAAUGAAGCCAGAGCAUACAUGCCCACACCACAAGACAUGUCACAACCACAGAAGAAUUUGCUUUAGCGAGUCUGCUGAAAUGGAUCAAAAUAAAUGAAGCCGUUUUUCGUAGUAUUGUGACCAUAUAAGGGCCUAUGGUGUUUCAAACGUGAUUAUUACUGGAAUAAAAAUUACAGGUCAUCUGAUAUACAAAAUUAAACAUUGAUAAUAUGUAGGAUAAACUGUAAAUAUAUAUAUCUUUGUUAAUACAUUGCACUUUUCUGUCCAGAUUUACCCAUGUUUGAUUAUGUGGACUAACAUCUUCUGAGCAAUACUUUGAGGAGCUUAAGGAGUUUCUUUUCUCUCCCCUUUAGGCAAGGAACAGUAAUAUAUAUGUGCAACGGCUUGGCAUAUCCUGACAUUGUAGUGAUGAAUAUUUCCGUAUACCCUUGAGAGUUUCGUCUGCAACAAUAGCAUAAAGCUUACUGUUGAAUAAUUAUAUUCAGCCACAAAAGUGUUCGUUGAGAUGAAGUGGUCAGGAAUGUAAGGUGACAUGUUUUGAUACUUCUGCCUUUCAAAAAUAACUUGCUUUUUUGUCAGACUACUUCUGUUUCCUUGUGCUUAGGAUAAGCUACAAGCUUUUCUCCCUUCUACUGUGUCCUGUUUAAACACAAUUAGCACACAGGCUUGUCUUUAUUUUUCAAUGGGCUCCAGUUGCUGCUGCACAAUUUUGGCUUCUUUAGUUUGUUAAGGAGCAUUUGCUUUGUGUGGUUUGUUUUGUUUUACAGACGAGCUCAUAUUUUUUUUAAGGCUAUCUUGGUGCAGUGCUACGAUACAUGUCUGUGCACUGAAAUAGUUAUUGGUUGCUGUAAUCCUCAAGUCCCUGCUGACCAUAAAGAGAUAAAUUCCUUAAGUGAACCGAAGUUGAAAAGAAUUUGGGGCAGAUUACACAGUCUGUCAUUUUGUACAUACAGUUCUGCUAAUAAGGUAAGGUUUUAGUAAUGCGAUGGAGUGGGUGAUUUCCAGAAUGUUUGUUGGUUUUUUUUGGAGUAAAAAAAGAAAAUCACUGUGUUCCUAUAAUCAUCUACUGCAGGUCAACAGGAAACUGCAGUCUGGCACAUUCCAAUAAAGGGAAUUUUUAAGAAAAAUACUGAACUAUGGCAAGUAUCUGUCUAAGUCAGACUGCUAAAGCCUGAAAUACCCUAGACACAGAAAGUAAAACAUUGGUCUGGCACGAGCCUUAGUUGCAUAAGGGAGGGGUUUCUGGAUGGUCUGAAGAGUGAUUACCACGACAAAUAGCUUUUUCAAAGUACCUAUUCAGUAUAUGGACAUGUGAGUAUAGUACUAAGGUAGUUUUUGAAAAAAAUACGAGCCCGUCCUUUGAGAACUAGGAAUAAAGUGUGAGCAUUUUUAAUCAAAUGUUGUGUUUAUUUGUUAGCUUUUAUCAUCAGCACUGUAAUUGUGAAUUGGAGGAUCACGCCAUGCUCAUGUGGCAAAAUGGCUUUACUCACUUGGAGGGCUUUUAAUGAGCUAAUUAACCUUUCCUGCAUGUCUUCCACGGGGUGGAGCAGAGUCUGACAAUUAAAACACUAUUAUCUGCUCUUGCUUUUCUAAAUGCAGCACACUGCACUGCAGUGGUAUUAAAGCCAUUUGAAUACACUCAACAGAUCUCUUUAGCCAUAUUUGAUACUGUUUGCAAACAGUACGCGAAACAAAAUUUGACUACACCAAAAGUCUAAAUUUGUGUGUGUCAAUGUGACGACAACUUGAAAAACAGUCUGAAGGCUACUGUGAAUGUAAAUGGUGGUCUUAAAUUAAUGUGCUUUAUAAAAAUGGUGUAUUAAUAGUCUCUUCUCCCUUUUGUGUGACUUUUUUUUUUUUUCCACUCGUGACACUGAACAAUUUCAGACUUCUUUUGUAUUAUAUCCAAUCCAUAUGCUGAGUUAGUGCACAUUGUGCAGUCUGAUUUCAACCACGUGCAUAUUCACUCCUUUUGUUCCACUAGCUAUGUUUUAUACACUUCUGCCGGUAGUUUGUUUGCAUUGCACCAUCUCUACAUACAAGAAAAUAUCACGGAACUUGUUGCCAUUCAUUUGAUGCAUUGUUUCGUUGGUUGGCCUGAAGCAAAUUGAAUUAUGAAUAGAAUAUCAUCCUAGACAAAUGUAUUGUUCCUGUCCAACACUCUGCUGAUGAAAAGAAAUGGAAUCAAACUGAAUGUCUUUUCAUUUUUUAUAGAACAUCAUUAGCCAGGUAUCGUGCAAAUGCACUAUGGAACAUGUUUUUUAAAUGUUCAUAUGAUUGUGAAUUGAUUGGAAUGAAUACUGUUACAAAUGCUGGCAUAAUUUGGAAUUUGCAAGUUGCCUUUGCAAACUGGCAUGUGAUUACAUUAAGUCUUGGCAGUUAUUUUGUAAUGAACCUGCACAGUGUUGACAUACUUUGUGUACAUCUACCAUGACUUACCGUGAGUCCACAUUGAAGAAGCACUGAUGGGAUAGCUGAACAGACAGACACCUUCAGUAUGAAGCAAUCAGUUUGAGUGAUUUUCCAUUUCAGAGUUAUGUUUCCUUUUCUAUUUCAAAACAAUGUCGACAACUUCUUUUGUAAGCACACAUUUUCACAAUUUUCUGUACUGUAACAUGCAAUAAAUUGAUACAUUAAAAUUUC